UAGUGAAUUAAUUAACGAAAAUCCUCUUGGGCAUUUUCUCCCAGCGAAACGAAGGAGGCGAGCCCAGUCCAUCACCAUGGCCACUAUGGCCGCCUCCUUCUCCGCCGCCGCCGCUCGCCGGAGCCACCCCUCCCGCCUCCAACUCCAACUCCGCGCCCGCCGCCGCCGCCUCCGCCUCCGUCUCCCCGCCGCUGCCUCCUCCUCCUCCUCGGCUGCGCCGCCUGCAGCCGCGGAGAGCUUCGGCUGGGAGGACGCCCUUCGCGUCGCCGCCGACGGCGGGCGGGCCGAUCAGUCCGACCUCUCCGGGUACUUCCGGAAGGUCGACACCUGCAACCGAGGAAUGGAGAAAAGGGGGGAGUUCGUGGAGUUCACGGUGGAGGGUCAGGUCGUCGGGUACAUCCACAAUGGUUUUGUUGAACACCUAAGAGACUUCCAUGAUGUUUUUACCAUUGCCUCGGGCAGCAAUGGAAGCAGUACCGUUGAACAUGUGACUCUCCAUUCAUCUCUAAGGACUCCAGAUGAACGAACAAAUGCUGUUGGAAAUGUUAUUAAAAGCCUAGGAGAUCUGAUUCCAGGUAUUCGAAAUGAGCUCUAUCCAAUAACAUCAUCUUAUGGCAUGCCUGUGUACUUCUCUCUGGAACGUGCUGCUGCUCCCUACUUUGGUAUAAAGGCUUAUGGAGUUCAUAUGAAUGGGUAUGUUGAGAAGGAGGGACAGAGAUUUCUUUGGAUUGCUAAGAGAAGUGAUACGAAGCAGACCUUUCCAGGAAUGCUUGACCAUCUUGUUGCUGGUGGCCUGCCAUAUGGAAUCUCCUGUGAAGAGAAUGUUAUCAAGGAAUGUGAAGAGGAAGCAGGAAUCCCAAGAUCCAUCUCAAGCAAUGCCACUUCUGUUGGAGCGAUCUCUUACAUGGAUAUUGAAGGGUUUAGAUACAAAAGGGACGUUCUCUUCUGCUAUGACCUCAAACUUCCUGCAGAUUUUGUUCCUAAUAAUGAAGAUGGAGAGGUUGAUAGCUUCAGAUUAAUCCCGGUACCACAUGCUGCAAAUAUCAUCCGGAGGACGCAUUUUUUCAAGCCAAACUGCAACCUUGUGAUAAUUGACUUCCUCUACCGUCAUGGGUACAUAAACCCAGAUUGCCAUGGCUACCUAAAGCUGCUGCAAAACUUGAGGAGAGGUGAUUGCUCGUAGUGCUGCCUUCAUUUCAGAAUGAUUAUGAAGAUCUUACCCAAGUGCUUCAUCCAGAGAUCACAGUGUAAUCACUUUUCUCGAGUAUACUGAUUCAGAUUAUUGAUAACUUUAACCUCCA